AUUCCUUCCCCUAAAAAUGGACCCCUCCCCUCCUCUCUCCUUCACCCACUAUUUCCCACUCCUUCACACCACUAUUGUUCAAGGCGGAUUCAGUGCUAGUUUUAAAAAUUGUGAAAUUGAAAAGGAUUUGAGAGUGGUUUAUGCAAAGGUUGAUAAGAACGUUUUUAGAAGCUGCAAGAAGGAAUUGAAAGCCAUCUUAGGAGAAUCAUUAAUAGCUUGUUUGAAACAUGGAUACUGACAUCUCCAUUCUCUGAUAUAGUGACUUACAAUAUCUACGAAGACGAGAGAUUUGGACACCUCAAUGAUGAGCUCCAAAAUCAGCUGCUGUGGGCUGGCUUAUGCCAUGACUUAGGUAAAAGGGGAGAAGUAGAGUUCAAAGGUAAAGACCAUAUCCACCCAUUCAGAAGUGCAGCCUAUUUCAUCGAUAUCUUGAAGAACAAUAAUCUGAUUAAGGAUGAACUUCGAGACAAAGCUGAUGAACUAAGCGAACUGGUGUUUAAUGCACACACUGAUAUUCAAUACGAAUGGUUUUUGAAGGAAAAAGAAGAUUCUGAUGGCAAUAUUUGUGACCAGAUGCAUGACCAUGAUAAACUAGAUGAUAUAUUUAAGCUCCUUGAAGAAGUAGCAGAUGGGGACUUAUUUAUUAAAUAAUGUGUUCGUGGUGAUCUUAUUCCACCAGAGCAUCUAUGGAAUUAAAGACUACUUUCCGAUGAAAUGCCUGGAAGAUAAAGAAAUCAUAAAGUACAGAGAAUAUUUAAGUGAAGAUGUACUUAAUAUGCUUGAUAUCUUUAUGCACUGUGAUAGUUAUGCUUAUAGUAGAGUUUGGGCAAGUUAUGACCUCAUCCAAACAUAUCAACAACAAAUAUCUGACGAGAUUAAAAGAAUUAAAGCCGAUGUUUUGAAGAUUUACAGCUCUAAAAGAUGUACUGACUCAGAAGACUUCAAACAAGAAUUGUAUUGAUAAAUAAGUUUCAAUCGUUCAAAGUUCCCACUAUUUCAGCCAAAGCCCUUUAAAGUUUGCUAAAAUUGCCUUAUCCGCACAAUAAUCCUAAAAGUUCCAAACCCUAUCAAAUUCUCGCAUCUUUCCUUA